CCCCCGGCCCCGCUCAGAGCUGCGCCCGCGGCCGCCCGCGACGGCGAAUUUGGGGCAAAAUCCCCAGAACUUCUCUUUUCCUGCUUGAUUUUCUGAGAAAAUCCCUAAAACUUCGUUUCUUCGCUUAUUUUGACAGGAAAAAAUAUCCCAGAGACCUCAUUUUCCCUCAAUUUACGACACCACCUCCCUGGAACUUCACUUCUUGGCUUGGUUUUAUGGAAAAAAUUCCUCCAGCGUAAUUUUUUCCCUCCUUUUAUGGGAAAAGGUCCCUAAAGCCUCUUUUUUUUCUCCUCAUUUUUAGAGGGAAACCACCUGAAAUCCUCAUUUUUCUCCUCAUUUUUCCCCUAAAACUCCAUUUUCCCCCUCGAUUUGUUGGGAAACCCCCCCCAGACCCUCCUUUCCCCCGCUGGAUUUUUUGGGGUGAACCCCUCAGCUUUGCUCUCUGCUCAUUUUUCCCAUCCAAACCCCCUCAAAUCCUCCUUUUUUCCGCCCGAUCCGGCGGAUCCAGGUGGGAAUCCCUCCCCCUUCCCCCCAUGGCUCCCAACUCCAGCUGAGCCCCUCCCUUUUCCCACCCUUUUCCAGCCGCUCCCUGUGGAUCCCUGCGAUUCCGGGGCCUCCCGCUCCCCGCGAUCCCUUCGGAUCCCUCGGGAUCCCCGCGGGACCUCCGCUCUUCCCGCAGAUCCCCGAGUUCCCCGCGUUUCUCUUCUCCCCCGUCCCUCCGCUCCCCGCUCGGGAUCCCCUGGGAUCGCCGCGAUCGGCCGGGAUCCGCCGGGAUCCGCCGGGAUGUUCAGCUGGCUGCGGCGGCACCAGCGGGCGGCGGCGCCCGAGGUGCGCACGGUGACCGAGGGGCUCAAGGCGCUCUACAGGGCCAAGCUGCUGCCCGUGGAGGAGUUCUACCGCUUCCAGGAGUUCCACUCGCCCGCGCUGGAGGACGCCGACUUCGACGGGAAGCCCAUGGUGCUGGUGAUGGGCCAGUACUCCAGCGGGAAAACCUCCUUCAUCCAGUACCUGCUGGAGCAGGAGAUCCCCGGCGGCCGCGUGGGGCCCGAGCCCACCACGGAUUCCUUCGUGGCCGUCAUGCACGGCGAGGCCGAGGGCAUCAUCCCCGGCAACGCGCUCGUCGUCGACCCCAAAAAGCCCUUCCGCCACCUGGACCCCUUCGGCAACGGCUUCCUCAACCGGUGAGUUCGGGCUCCGGCCCCGAGGGAGACCGAACCCGGCCCCAGAACGGGAUCGGGGCUCGGUGCAUCCCGAGUUUAGCCCAAAUCCCCCGGUUUUCCCAAAUUUUCCCC